AUGCCGCCUCCGACGAUGCCGCCUCCGACGAUGCCGCCUCCGACGAUGCCGCCUCCGACGUCGCCGCCUCCGACGUCGCCGCCUCCGACGUCGCCGCCUCCGACGUCGCCGCCUCCGACGAUGCCGCCUCCAACGUCGCCGCCUCCGACUUCGCCGCCUCCGACGUCGCCGCCUCGGCCGCCUCCGACGCCGCCGCCUCCGACGCCGCCGCCUCCGACGCCGCCGCCUCCGACGCCGCCGCCUCCGACGUCGCCGCCGCUUCAGUCACCGCCACCUCCGCCCCUUACUGCUCCCUCCGCCGCCACGGCCAUCACCAGCCGCUACGAAUUCGUCGGCGACGCGCUCGACAGCUGCUCAGCCGCGUCCGACCUUGUUCCCUCGUUGAUCUGCUCGGUCCACCUCCAGGGUCUUCCGGUCCGUCUUCGUUGCUCCUGUUCCUCCUUCAGUCCGCCAGUCCUCCACCUCCAGGCCGGUCCAGUCCCUCGCGUCCUCCAAGUCCUCCAGAUCCAGAUCCAUUCUGGCCUAUGGGAAAGCAGCUCCUUUUAUUCAUUUAGCCCGACAUCUUCAUCUAGUUCACAAAUCGAUUCAAACAAUCAUAAAAAUUACAACAAGUUAGAAUAA